CAGGGCUGCACCACAGCUACCAUUUAAACCCAAAUGCUACAUUGUUGUUUUUUUUUGCAAACAGAGAGGCACGCUGCACAAAUAUUGCGCCUUUUAUUUGUGUUUAAAAGCUCGUGCAGCCCGGUUCAGCUCGGCUUGGCCUGCUCGCUGUGUAGGCUACAGAGAGGAGGAGAGCAGCCCACAGCGCAGGCUAACGGCAGCCCGGCUCACUGCCGCCACUAACGGAGCCUGCUAGUCAAGUUGUCCGUGAACUUUGUCACAUUUGGGAGGCGUCAUGUCCAGCCUCCUGCUGCUGCUGGGGCGGACCGGGAGGAGCGGCAGCAGAGCGGUGUCGGUUGUGUCGGUGGUCGGAGCGGGUCGCAGAGGAACCGACGCACUUUCCGGAGUUCACCCGGUGGCUCCGCGCCGCUCCAUCAUAGACAUGUCCUACUCCGCGCACUUCAUGGAUUUUAACGGCUCGUCCAUACCGAGCAGCAUGAGGAAGCUGGUCGUCAACAAGCUCAGUCCUGAUUUCAGAGAGGCCGUUUCUAUUCAAACCGUCGCGGUUCCGACUCCCGGAGACGCGGAGCUGCUCGUGAGGAACCGUUUUGUGGGAAUCAACGCCUCUGAUAUUAAUUACUCUGCAGGCCGGUACGACCCCUCGGUGAAGCCCCCCUUCGACGCCGGUUUCGAGGGUAUCGGUGAGGUUGUUGGCCUCGGCCUUAGCGCCAGCUCCCGUUACACCGUCGGGGACACCGUGGCCUACUUUGGCAGCGGUGCGUUCGCAGAGUACACAGUGGUGCCAGCCAAGGAAAGUGUGCCCGUCCCCUCGGUGAAACAAGAGUUCCUCACCCUGCUGGUCAGCGGCGCCACGGCCUACAUCGCCUUGAAACGCCUGGGCGACCUGGCCAAAGGCGAGACGGUCCUGGUCACGGCGGCAGCGGGGGGAACGGGACAGUUCGCCGUGCAGUUUGCCAAGCAGGCCGGUUGCCACGUGAUCGGGACCUGCUCAUCCAACGAGAAAGCCGGCUUCCUUAAAUCCAUCGGCUGCGACCGGCCGAUCAACUACACCACAGAAGAUCUGGCCAAGACGCUGAAGAAAGAGUACCCGCGAGGCGUAGACGUGGUGUACGAGUCAGUCGGAGGCAGCGUCUUAGAGCUUGCAGUGAACAGUCUGGCCAAUAAGGGGCGGCUCAUAGUGAUCGGCUUCAUCUCGGGGUACCAGACGGCGUCAGGGGUCCCGGCCUUCAGAGGGGGAACGCUGCCGGUGAAGCUGCUCCAGAAGUCGGCCAGCAUGCGGGGAUUCUUCCUGCCCCACUUCGUCAGCGACUACAGGGAGGCUCUGGGUAGCAUGAUGCAGAUGUUUGCCAAGGGGAAGCUGGUGUGUGAGGUGGACUGUGGGGAUUUGGCUCCGGAGGGGAGGUUCGUAGGCUUGGAGUCAGUCUUCCGGGCGGUGGACUACAUGUAUGCUGGGAAAAACCUGGGCAAGGUCGUGGUGGAAGUGGCACCGCCCCCUGUUAGCGAUAGUAAACUGUGAGUUAAGUGAUCGUUAAUGCACAAAAGAAAAAAUCAUACUUGAACUCAAAUGAUUGAAAUCUGCAGGGCUUUAAUAGAGGUUAUUUUCUUUAUUUUUGUAAGAUGAUUAAUAUAACAAUAUAAGUAAAUCUACACAAUGCUUUUACGAAUAAACAUAAUGAGCUUUA